AAGUGGUGCUUUCAUUGGUCUUCGUUGAAAACAACGGCGUCACAUUGUCCAUUUCUUAUACUGUCUAUGUGACAAGUAUGGUUGACAUGGGAAGGAGCCGAUAAGGUUUGCAACGCCACACGGGAGAUACGUUGUCGUGCCCUAAACGGAGAGCGUUUAUGUUGUCUGAUAUGGAUGAAGUAGAGAUUACAGAUGUCAAUGACGAUGGCUCGCCCUAUCAGGUGGAGAAGGCGCCCCUCAAAAACCAGGAUCUGAGUUCCAUAAGCCUAACUGUAGGAGAGCUUCUGUCCCAGUAUGGAUGGUACUUGCUGGUUGUGACUGUUCUGGUCUACCUGCUCAUUCAGCACCUGAGCAAGAGGAGAUCCAGCCAGAGCUCUCGCAGCUCCCCCCCACAAACACCGCAAGAUGCCGCGUUAGUGGCAAGGAGACAAGAAGCCAUGGAAGCAGCUCGGAGAAAGAUGCAAGAGGAGCUUGAUGCCAAAGCUAGCACUUUCAGAGAGAAACAGAAACAGCAAGAGGAAGAGAAGAGGAAGCAGAAAAUAGAGGUAUGGGAGUGUAUACAACAGGGAAAGAGUUACAAAGGAACUGCACAAUCUUCUCAGGCCACUGGAGAGGCCAGCACAUCAACGACAGUGUUGAAACCAAAGGCAGACAAGAAGCCACUUCGCAGUGCAGACUACAAUCCCCUGACUGGACAGGGAGGAGGCUCCUGCUCCUGGAGACCUGGCAGGAGAGGACCGUCAUCAGGUGGAUGAGGUUAAAGAAGGUCAGAGACAUUGGUCUGUAUGACCUUCGACCUCUGACAUCCUGAUGGGCACACUGACUGACUGAACCAGGCUGACAAUAGCACCAAACCCACGCUUUACACAAAUGUUGUUUUUUUAUAUACUAUACUUUCAGUGGUUGUUGAUCAGUUAGCAUUGUUGGUAGCAUAUACCUGCUCUCAUGUCUGCUUGUUUAUUCAUUCUCUAAUCUCUCUGCCUUAUUAAGCAUCUGUGAUACUGUGAU